CGCAAAGAUGAUAAUGAAACUUCGAAUGAUAUGAAUCAAACAUUACGUACGAGUACAUUAUGUACCAAUUCUUUUUUUUGACAUUAAAAUAAUCUACACAAAACAUAACAAAAAAGAAAGUAAAGAAAAGGAAGCCGUGCUUCAAUAUAGCAUUAACAACGUAAGGGAUAUCGGUUGUAGUGUUGAGUCUGAUAGAAAAGUCGAUAUUUGUUCGAUUCUGAUUGAACGAAACAUACACAGAAACUUUUCAUACUCGGCACAAUGGAUCGCCGAGACACGAACAAUCGGUCAACGCCCCUGACACGAUUCCAAACUUUUCGAAUGGCGUCCGAAAGAUCAUGGAACAAGAGGUCGUCGAAGAACCGAAUCCCCUCACCAACGAAAUCGCACUCGUUACCAUCGCAACCGGAAUUGUCGUCACCGCCUCCGCCACUGACUAGAUUGCCGUCUUUUAAAUUCCCGGGCCGGAUCAGCAGGUCGUCGACAAACGGCUCGAUCAGUCGGGCCAGAAUGCCCGGGCGGUCAUUGCAGAGAUUGUCGUCGCUGCGACUGCAUGGAACAAACAAAGACAACGAGAUGGAAGGAGAGAGAAAGAAACCGUUAGGACCUCGUAGAAUAAAAUCAUUGACCGAUUCUUUUCGAAUCAGACGCUUUGACAAUUUGAAUGAUGGUAUUGACAAUAAUAACAAGAGUAGAAGUGAGAGUGUUGAAUACCAAGUCUGCACGAACAGUGUUGGCAAGAAGCACCACAAAGCCUUCGAUGGUACAAGCAACGAAUAUUUUAGUCCCCCAAGAAUGUUGAUCCGUCGCCGCCCCGUCAUUAAAAUAAAUGACGACAAAAGAAAUGAGACGGAAACCAACGUUGCAAGAGAUAACGAAGGAGCUGAUGCAACUUCGUCCUCUACAACGACACCGUCACUGCAAAGAGAAACACCGAUCCGGAGCAAUUCAAGAAGGAGGCUGUCGAAGCUCAAACAAACACUGUUCGGGUCGUCGUCGUCGUCGUCAAAGAAUCUUUUUGGUCACCGAACCAGGAACACGGAUGGUAGCGGCAAUGGAAUUCAGCAAAACAAAACGAACGAACUAGAACAGGAUACUCUAUCAUUGGCAGUGGGAGAUAGCCAUGGCAAAGCCAACAUCGCCCAUAAUUCAAACGACGUCAAGUACCGAAACGAUGAAAGCGACCUCGAAGAUAGUUUCUCGAUCCGUGACGUUGCCAAAGACAAUUUGGUUAUGCUUCUCCUUUGCCGAGAAUUUAACCUCAUAGAUACCAAUGAAUCAUCCUCCGAAUAAAAGAACGAACACAUAAACCGAACCGAUGACGAAUCGAUGGAAAAAGUGCAUUUGGAUCCAAUGCAUCAUCUUUCUAGUUCGUAAUGCACUUCGAAUUGAUUUGAUGACUACAACCGAAUUGCAUCGCAUCGCAUCGAAUUGCUACGCCAAUGUAUGGUAGUCAGCGCAAGCUAAUUGGACGAAGAACGCUUAUCAACAAACAAACCAAUUGUGUCUCAAAUAUUGAUUGAUUGGAGAAUGUCCAAAAUCAAACUAGGUACUUCUA